CAUCGAUAUGGUUCUGACGUUAAUUUGAUUCCUCCCCGCUCUAGUCUGUAGUGUAUUGGGUUUGAAUGUGGUUAAACACGGAUCCAGUUGGCAGAUAGUUUGAAGUGAACACAUAAAUGGAUUAACAACUACGCUGACACUGACGAUCUGAAAGUUGGUAAACAGACCCUACCACAGCAGGACCCAAACACGACAUAUUGUCCAAGUUGAAUGUGCGCUUGGCUGGUCACCGGAAACGCGUCAUAGUCCGUCGUAUGUGAUACCGGACGUGUGUACGUUGGUUGUCAAUACUCAGCCUAAAUAAACAUGGCGAGUAACAAGAUUGGCAGUGGUUGGCCAAAUGUUACUUCUAUAACGGCACCACAAUCUACGAACGAGAAAGGUAAAUCAAAUGUCUGGAAGGAUAUGUAUUCAAAACUCCGCAAAAACAAAAAAGACCUCCGCAACGGGUACGCAUUUGGGAAGAAACCGCACAAGUAUAAUAGCCCAUCUCCGGCUUUGGCUCCAGAAAAUAAAACAAACUCACCCGUAUCCACAGUAUCGGAACAGAGCAACUCAGUUUCCGCUUCUUCUUCGUCAACUUCCGGUUCCAAAUCGCCAACUACUAUAUCCGCGAUCAAGCUUUUCCAGGACAGCGACACUCAGACGGAUAACAUGAAGAACAAUACAGACACCACAGAUGACUGUAUAAUGGCGAUGGCGCUCGCCUGCAUCAUCGUCCUCCCAAUGGCGAUUAUCGUCGUUCUUGUCGGCCUCGCAACGCCGUUUUGGUACAACACAGGAACCGGAAACCUAGGACUUUUUCAGAUGUGUUACACAACUUCCGGUACAUGUGAAACUGCAAGCUCCUUCUUGUCUACUGUUUCUUCGACAGCUGCUGAGACAUGGAGAACUGUGUCCAGCCUCACUGUGGUCGGGACCUCUCUCUUCCUUAUCGCUCUCAUCUUUCUUUGCCUCUACAUGUCCUGUAAACGGAUCGACAACAAGAAGAUCUGCUGUGGGGUCGUCAUCUGCUUUAUGCUAUUAACUGGAGCUGGGUGCGUGAUAAGUGGUAUGGCGCUGACAAUCUCCUUGUACACACAGAUUGGUCAAAACUACGUCCUGGACUGGUCCUUCUACCUUGCUGCCGUUGGUGGGGGCAUCGGGUUCAUCGCCUUUAUCCUCUUUGCCAUUCAUGUGUGUUUCCUUGUUAUCGACUGAAAAAGCAACACUGUUUGUAAUAAUAGCGUGUAAAAGUGUAACCUCUGAUAAUGACAAAAUAUCAUAAACCGCUCCCUCUAUCAAGCCAAAAGCAAGCGAUAAAACGACGGCAGUAUAGCGAACCAGUCUCGCGCUCUUGCUGUUGAGUUCUGCUCGUUCGCUCCUUAACUGAUAUAGUAUGCGCUCGUUAACGAAAGCGACAUACGAGUUCAAUGGAUUGCCGUGUUCCUGGUUCCUUCGCUGCCUCGCUAUGUUCUGUUUGUUGUUUGUUAGGUUGAGAAAGUACAAGUAAAUUGCUGGUCCUUAUCAGACACAUAUUAACUAUUUGCUGGAAGGACUCCAAGCUAAGCCUUUCAUUUCACUGAUGAGUAUCGGGGGUCAGUUUUCAAUUUAUAUACAAUAUACAAUAUUCUCUGACAUCCCUUACCGGUUUUGUCGAUAUUUCUUUGCCGCAAGCAUACCUUUUAUAAGAGUAUUAUUUUAUGCAGGACCACUGUGCAUUACGUUUCGCUACUUUGGUCAACGAUAUUGAUUAUAGCCAAACCGACCUAUAAAGACCACAAACGUGUGAGCACAGUUGUCAUUAUGGUCAAGAAUUCCUUAAAGCCAAUAUCAUCACUAUUAUUAGAUUCUGAACGGCCAAUCAACAAAGAAGACUAGACUAUCAGAGAAAAAAACUACCGCACACAGAAUCAGGUAGUUGUAGACGGGUUGCCUUCGUAAUGAAGUAAUAGUUGUACACAGUUGGUGGUUUAAGUUAUUAUUAUUGUUAGUACAUGUAUAACGGCCUACCAACACAGCAGAAGGAAUUAGGGCAAAUAAUUGGCCAAUGAAAACCAAAUAAGAAUAGACAUGAUAGCAAUCACACGUAAAGGUAAAAAAUGUCAAUUUAACAAAAAAAGUGAGCAUCGUCUCUCUAACCCUUCGGAACAGACCAAAUACUUAAGGAUGGUUAAAAGUUGUUCAGACAGCUAUUGUUUUGAUAGGAGAUUUAAGACAUGUUAUUGUAGAUAUUUUUCCUCGAGUUGGCUAAAGAUCAAUGCAAUCUGAUAAUAUGGGUUUUAUUGAAAAUGGCUUAGAAACCAAUGGUCGUUGCAGACAGAGGGUCGUCAUUAACAGGUGGUUGCUUAUAAAGAGGUAAUUUCUAAAUGUUGGGGUCGAGUAUAACCCACUCACAGACUGAAGCUGAGUGAACCUGUAGGUGUUGUAUUUUAGGGGAUAUUUUUUGUGUUUCAUAUUGGCUUGCUUUGAUCAGUGAUUCAGCCAUUUUCUGGUUAUUUCGUUUGUUCAUGUUUUGAAUAGUUUAUCAAAUUAUUGCAUUAAAACAUAUAGUUUGUUCCUCAUCAACUCCAAUUGUCAUCGUGAUGUAUUGUUGGACUUAAGGUAUCUUUAAUUUAUGCUGUACUACAUAGGUAUGUAUUGGACCGGUAUCGUUUAAGGUAUCUUGAAUUUAUGCUGUACUACAGAGGUAUAUAUUGGACCGGUAUCGUUUAAGGUAUCCUGGAUUUAUGCUGUGCGACAUAGGUAUGUAUUGGACCGGUAUCGUUUAAGGUAUCUUGAAUUUAUGCUGUAUGACAUAGGUAUAUAUUGGACCGGUAUCGUUUCAGGUAUAUUGAAUUUAUGCUGUACGACAUAGGUAUGUAUUGGACCGGUAUCGUUUAAGGUAUCUUGAAUUUAUGCUGUACUACAUAGGUAUGUAUUGGACCGGUAUCGUUUAAGGUAUCUUGAGUUUAUGCUGUACGACAUAGGUAUGUAUUGGACCGGUAUCGUUUAAUGUUUGCAAUAGUAUAGGCUAUACGUAUUGUAUUGCUAUAUUUCCUUCAUGCAGCCAUGGCGAUUUCUUUUUACUGUCUCUUUCAUGUUUCUGUUUCUGCCAUAAUAUGAAAAGGCGAAGCCUUAAAAGAGCGUAGCUUUUGUUGAUCUCUGAUAUUUACUGAAUCAGAAUACUGCUUUCAGAAUGAGAUUAAUAGAAUCUCUCACCCCCUUCGGGGCGAGAUAGGGGAAUCACAACCCGAGGGGGAAGAUUCUUAUGUUUGGCAACUUAAGAAUCUUUCCCCGAGGGCUGAGAUUCCCCUAUCUUACCC